ACAUCUGCAGUCUGAUAAACAUUAGUUUGACAGAUUUUUCGGCUGUUGGUGCGACGGUGACAACUAAGAAGGCUGUACUGUAGUUUUUUUAUGUAAGGGAGCAGCGACUCCCCUGAGCGGGUCGUCCCUGUAGAUGGAGGAGGGAACAGAAAACCACGGAUCGCAGGCGAAAACCAAGGAGGUGGAAGAUGCUGCCACCAAAAGACAGUGGAGAAAUAAGGAACAAGGACCAGGACAAACCAGCGGGAGAGGUCAAGACAAAGACAGGAGGAGGAGGAGAAAUCAAAGAAGAAAAAAGUUCUUCUCAAAUGCAAAAGGAGAUGCAAAUGUCAAAAAUGAAGACACAGAAAAAGACAAGACGGAGAUUGAAGAGACUUCAAGCAGCCAAACUCAGGCCAGUGUAGCUUCAGAAACACAACAUGUGGAUCUGCAGGCUGAAGACAACCUGCAGCAAGAGGAAAAAAGUGGUGAACCACAGCAGAAAUAUACUAAGACGGUUCAUGCUCAGACGCAAACAAGUAAAAACAAAGGCACGCACAAAGUCACACAGACUCCAGUUGUGCUUCAGAGGAGCCAGGAAACACAGACGGACCUCACCAUGCUGGAACGAGACGAUGCAAAAGUUGGAAAGGCUCAAAAUGCAGAAGAGACUCCAAAGAAACCAGACAAACACACACCUGAACCAGAGCUGCAAGAUGACAACACUGUUCAGACUCCGUUAGGGCAAAAUGAAAAUCCAGACAAAGAUGGAGCUUCGCCCGAGUCAGCCAAGAAGCAAAACGCUGAGGAAGAGUCAAAGCCUAAAGAUGAGAAUCCUGCUGCAGGAGUCUCAGGUGAUGCAGCAGCGUCUCAAGCAGAAAAAGAUGCUAAACCAAUGUCUUAUGCCAAAGCCGUGUCUGGAGAGAAAGGAGGUGAGAAACAGUCCAGUGUGGCAGCCUCUAAGACGGCAGGAGAAACAUCCACAAGUACACGUGAUCGAAGCCCAGUGAGACCCCCGUCUGGUGCUCCCAUGUUCACCUUUCACAUGUAUGCUGUCCUGGACAAAAAGUUUAGAUUCAACCAAGAACAUGACACGCUUGUGCUGUUUCAUGGAAAUGGGUAUUUUCCCCUGGAAAUAACACAUUUUGUUGGACUAAAGCAGGAAGGAUAUCUGGUAGAAGCAAGUCUCUCCAUUGAAGAAAGCCUCUUGAUGAGAGGCAUGCCGCUGACUUACUGGUACGGAGUAAAGCAGCGACGUAAAGACAUUCUGGGAAGUGCCUACAGAAAUGUUCAAAUUCCACUGGACCCAAGGAUUAAAGAAAUGCACCUUUAUGAAGGCUUCAUUUGCCGCUAUGAUGGGCAAAGUCUUUUUCAAACUGGCCUUCGCAAGAUGGGUCUGAGUAAUCAGAAAGGUGUGGAGGUUUCAGACGCCUGGCAGGCCUCAGCGACGACUCUUCUGAACAGAAUCUUCCAGAAAUGGACUCCAUCAGACAAACAGAGCACCGACAGCAUGUGUCACAACCUGAAGUGUUUUAUGGGGAGCCUAGGUUCUGCUGAUACAAGGAUGAGAUAUGAAGACAAUUCACAUCCUCCCAUGGUCAAGACAGUAGAGCUGGUUUCAGAGGGUUUGGUUCAAAUCUUACGAGGAGAGCCGAAGGAGAAAAUCCCAGGCAGCUGCAGAAGCUGCAGCCCUCUUGUUCUGGGCCUGUCUGUGUUCAUGGUGACCAGAAGCCUAAACUUCAACCUUGGAGUUAAAGGCUGGGCUGAGCUGUGUGACCUGGUGUCCUCAGAGACGGCGAUGGACAAGAAAAACCUGGAUGGGUUGCGAACUUCUUUUGAAAAUCCACAAUUUACUGUGCUGGGUCUAAUGAACAUCUGUGCCCACUCAAUGGUGUCGGAGCUUGUCCAGCUCGUCCCGCUGCUCUUUAAACUCAGAAAACCAGGAGCUGAUGCAGCUAAAGUGGGUCCAGCUGUCGAGGAAGAGAACUGGUCAGGACUGAAUGGCAUCAACUUCUGCAAAUUCAGAGAGAAUAUAAAGUCCUACUCCGACAAAAGAGCGAGGAUGCUGUCUUUGAUCCGUAAACAGCUACCACUGGCAAAGGAGAUGCCUCUGCUCCUGAUGAGCUGGUUGUCUCUGGUUGCAUUUGAGGAUCUUCCUGAAUUUUCAGGCCUGACGGGAAUUCCUGCCGAACACCUGAUCCAGAGUCUGCUGUACAGACUGCGAAGAUGUGGAGAGCAAAUGGAUCUCAAUAGAGCACAGGAGAAUGUGGAGCUUGCUCAGAAAUCGUUGACCCACAUCCUGCCGACGGUCGACAACGAGAAAGACAGAAUGACUGAAUCUGGAAACAUCCACUCAGCCUUCAAGAGCAGCAUCGAUGUGAUGAGGAGAACCUGGAGUAUUGUGCGACUCGUCCCCUGGUACCCGACAGCAGUCCUGUCCUACCAGCUGGUGUUGAAAUUAGCAGAGAUUUUGGCCGCUGCAUUGAAAAAAGAGUCCAAAGAAGAUGAGUUUGAGACCUUAAAGCAGCAGUUGUUCGAGAAGCUCUUUUCCGUGCAGAAGCAAAUCAGUGAGGGCAGAGAUGAAUUACUGCAAAAACCCCUCAUGACAUUUAAAUCUCCCACCUACCCAAAGGAAAUAGAGAUGUGGAAUGCGAUGAUGAAGGUGGAAUGCCCUUUUGAGGAGGUUUCAUCCCGUUGGAGGCAGAGUCUGACAAAAGACCUGAAGAAGAGGAUUUCUCAGGCAGCAGAGGAGGAUAGAGUUCUGGUCUGUUGCCUUGAAUCGUCUUCGGCAGCUAUAAGGACAGGCCAUGACGCUGUCCAGUCCUGUUUCGACGAGAUGUGUCACUCAGCGAUCAAGACAAUCUGCCAGAGAAGUAAGGAGGGGGACCUGAUGCAGAGUCUCAACUCUAAGGUAAAAGAUCUUCCAGUCGCCGUCGUGUCUGCUGUUGUGAUCGAGUCAGCAUCACGGUUCAAAGACAACGUAGUGGUCCAGCUGCUCGAUCCACAGUCCGCCAUGAACCACCUGCUGUCUAACGGUGAUUGGAGGGCGAUCCGGGUGGAUGACACCGCUGGUCAUGUGGUCCACAGCUGUGUGGAGGCAGUUCAGGCCCUGGUGACGUCUCUGCUUCAAGGAGACGUUCCCCUGGGACACCUGCAGACCUGCCUGAAAUAUAAAGAGCAAUUCAAGAGACUUUACCAGCAGUACAAGAAAAACACCAAAUCUGAGAAGGUUCCUGUCGAUGCAGAUGUUGUUCUGGCUCAGAGGGAGAAGGACUUGACCUCUUUCAUUCAGCGGAAGCAGCAAAUAGAUACACUGAUAAAGAUGAUAGCAAAGGUUACGGAAAGCAUCACGGUUCCUGAGGUGUCAACUCUGGAGGAGCAGCACGCUGCAGAUCUCCACGCUGUGAGCUUGAACAAGCUGGUGUUUGUUCAGUCCUUUGAUGCUGAAGGGACGUUGAAGAUGACUGGUUCUCCACAGGUCCUCUGGUACAAAACCAGCAUGAAUGUGUCAAAAAUGGCCAGCGAGAUGCACAAACUGCGUGACAGCAACCUGAUUCUGUCCUCCUGGGUGAAAGGAGCAGCAUCUUUGGCAUCACCAGGACAUCCCUCCCCAGCUCCUGUUCCAGUAAGCCUCGCACAGAUCUACGAAUACAUCUGGAAGCCUCUGCUGGCAGAGUUCCUCCAGCUGGGCGCCAGCAUUGCAAACGCAAACAUCACUUUCAAGGAGGUCGAUCGGGUUUUGUCGGAGUCCGGCGACCCGGGUGAUGGGAAGCUGCUGAAGAAGGAGCUGAAUCUGAUGUCAAAGAUGUUUUCUGAGGCUGGGGGAUUGGAAGCUGAGGAGAACUGGGUGGAUCUGAGACUUGGUCAGAUUCAGGAUUAUCGACAGCUGCAUGAGGCGGCGGCUGCAGCCAGCGCAGUGCUGAACAUAGCUGAGAAAAUGAAGCUUUCUGGAAACUUCUCCGAAAUUGACACCCUCAGCCAACUGGAGGAGGAAACAUUUAAGCAGAGGACCCUGGGGUCUCUUAGCAUCAAAGUGUUUCGAGCCCAAAAACAGCUCUCCACAGUCACCAAGCAGCACACUGCCUGUCUGGAAGAGUUUCUGAAGAGCCAAACUCUCGUGAACUGGGUCAAAGAGAACCUGAAAAGUAUGAGCGAUGUGAAAGUUUACGUGGACCUAGCUUCUAUAUCUGCUGGAGAGAACGACACAGAGAUCGACCAGGUGGCCUGUUUUCACGAUGCAGUGAUGGGAUAUUCCCCUCUGCUGUACUCCCUGUCACCUCACGCUGACUUUGAGGACUUCAUGAGGUGUGCUCACCAGGUGUGGGAUACCCAAAGUCGAGAUGAGAAGCUCCCCGACAAACUGAGAGAGUCUACUCGAUUGCUAAACUGGCUGAAAGCACUGAAGGAGACUCACGGCUCUGUGGAGCAAUCCUCGCUCUCUUUGGCUUCUUCUAUCAACACUGAUGGAGUUUAUCACGUAGGAUGGUCUGACCGAAAGACAGAGAGGAGAUGCCUGCAAAACAUGGUGCAGGUCACAGUGAGAGGGACCAGAGGGGAGAAAAGCUACAAGCUCGAAGAUCUGCUGGAGCUGCAAAAUAAACUCAUGCUCAUGUCGUCCAAAGGAGAACAUGGCAGAGAACAAGUCAACAGGUUCACAGAGGUUUUUGAAGGAGUUCAGAGACUGGCCACCAUCCUUCUUCAGAUGCAAACAUCUGGCAACAUGCUCUUCAGGGAGUGGAAUGCUGAGGUCCAGUGCUGCCCGCAACAUGGACCGUGCAUCAGAGUUACCUUCGUGUCCCUGCAGGGUAAAGAGAUGUCGUACUAUGGUGAAGUGACAGAGCAGCUGCAACAGCUCGCUCACGCCAUGGAUAGCUGCCAGAGAGAAUGGCGUUCCUUCAUCAGUGAGAUGCGCUCCAGCUUCAGCCUGCUCAACCACUACACCUCAGAGCAGAUGGUGUAUUUGUGCCAAUGGAUACACAAAGUGUGUCAACGGCAGGCGUCGGUUCCCCAGCAGCUAUGGCACUUACUGUUUCCCAUAAAACCUCUGUGCACGCUCAAUGAUGUCAGAGUAGCUUACGACAGUGCAGCAGAGCGUGAGGAGCUGGAGGAGUCUGACGAUGAAGAUCUGUGUUACGAACCUUUGAUGGACGAAACUCCAGCUUCACCAGAAUACACUGAAGAAGACAUGGAAGAGGCUCGUGAUCUGAUGGAGUUUUCUUCUGAGGAUGAAGACCAUGGUGCCACCGAUGAAGACAAUCUUGAGAACCUCUGGGGACGAUUCAAGAACAACAUGACACAGUAUCUCAGGGACUCACUGGACAUCCCGACUCUGGCCCGUUUCCUCUCCUACCUCUUUGACAGCAACCACCAACACAUGAUCAGAAACCUUCCAGCUGCUCUUCAGGAGGGGAAACCCAACCUUGUGCUUUGCCCGUGUGCCGAGGUUUUUACCACCACUCUGUCUUUUUACAUGGAGAGUCCAGAGCAGCCUCUGCCAUCUGCUGACGAGGUUCUAGUCUGCAGAGAAGAGACCUCAGAAGAGGAGGUGGAGAUCUUUCUGCACCGAGCUCUCGGCCAAGGUUCCAAACAAAGCGGGCAGAAGAUAUAUUCUCUGGUCAAUCCGGGGCUGCUGGGAUACGAUGUCAGUGUGGCUUUAGGCGAGCUCUUUGAGAGUCUGGAGAGAAGUGCCAGCCCACACUAUCGUCUGGUGAUAGUCAGUCCAGUUGCGCACCAGCACCGAUAUGUGCCCUCUUUCUUCAGCAACGACAAAGUCCAAGCUGGUGUGAGUCUAACAGCAGAGACUGCCAGGAAAUACCUUCAUCACCACUUCACGCAAAACAUGCAAAACCCUGUCGGGCUGGUUUCUCCUGAUCAGCUCUCAGUGUGGAUGGUGUCAUCUACGCGCCCUGCAGUCGGGAAAUCGCUUUAUGUGGAUCGUUUGUUUGAGAAGUUCCAGCAGACGUCUCCCAGAGCCAAACACAUCAGGAUCAAACUGAUUGAACCAUGUGUUGACAUUGACUCCUUGAUCAAGAGUCUGUCAGAGAAACUGGCACCAUUGAGAGAGCAGGACCCUGUUCUUCUGCAUAUUGACACUGCAGGAGUUCGUUCAGGUCUGGAGGAGCUCCUGUUCCAUCUGUUAGUUCUGGGCUGUUUGAGUGACAGUCAUGGUGUGCUGUGGAGAAGGAAUGUAGCUCACCUGAUCGCUGUGGAGGUCCUGAAAUCAAACACGUCCUCUCAAAACCAGCCAAAAGAGAUGAGACUCGGACUUCUUGACAUUGUGCCCACCAUUAAUUGUCGACCUCCAAGAGAGGUGAAUCAGCUUGUGGCCACUCGAAGGGUAUCAGCAAAAAAGACCUUUGAUCCACUCAUGGAUGAGCAGGAGUUUUGCAGUGAGGGGAUUCAAAGACCCUAUCAGUACUUAAAGCUCUACAACCAGAACAAGAAUCUGGAUCAUUUCAACUACCAGAAAGGAUCCAGAGAAGGGGAUCCCAAUGACUGUCUCAAUCAUUUCCUGUCAUUCUGUGGAAUGCAGGAUCCAUCUUGGGGUGAACUGAAGAACUUCUCCUGGUUCCUCAAUGUGCAACUGAAAGACUGUGAGAACUCCGUUUUCUGUGAUCCGGAUUUUCUUGCUGACCAGUUGCCUGGUUUCAAAGGCUUCAUUGUGAAGUUCAUGAUUCUGAUGGCAAGAGAUUUUGCCUCGCCAUCUCUGGACACAUCUGACGAAAGCCCAAUGCUGCGUAUUGAAAACAGUCUGGAAGACAACCUUCUUGCCCGUCUAACAAUUCGUAAGCACUGGGAAAACGAGUCUCAUCCCUACAUUUUCUUCAAUGCAGACCAUUUCUCGAUGUCUUUCCUCGGCUUUAACGUGCAGAAAUGUCCGAGGCAAAAAAUACUCAAUGCAGUUGAUCCUCACAGCAAACAGGUCUUGAUACAGCACGUCAUGUCGCAAGAACUUUUUGACGGUUUGCAGCGGCAAAGGAUUUCUCUCACCGAGGACUUUGAUCAGUUGUCCCGGCCAGACAAAAUCAAAAGGAUUUCAUGUGUUGUUGGUGCAAAGAGAGGAAUUAUGGACAGGAAUUUUGAUCCAGACUCAACAUACGAGCUCACCGCUGACAAUGUGAUGAAGAUGUUGGCCAUACACAUGAGAUUCCGAUGUGGAAUUCCAGUUGUCAUCAUGGGAGAGACCGGCUGUGGAAAAACCAGACUGGUUCGUUUCCUUUGUACUCUGCAGAGGGAGGAAAGACCAGUGGAGAACAUGGUACUUGUGAAAGUACAUGGUGGAACUACAGCGGAAAUGAUCUACAGAAAGGUGAGGGAGGCUGAGACACUUGCUCACAAGAAUCGCAAAACGCACAACUUGGAUACCAUUUUGUUCUUUGACGAAGCAAACACCACAGAGGCCAUUUUUGCCAUCAAGGAAAUCCUGUGUGACCAAACAGUGAAAGGGGAACCUAUGAAGGCGAACAGUGGCUUGAAAAUAAUAGCUGCCUGCAAUCCUUACAGGAAGCACUCCCCUGAAAUGGUGGAACGUCUGGAACGUGCAGGACUGGGAUACAGAGUGAAGGCAGACGAAACAGAAGACCGUCUUGGCAAAGUCCCUCUAAGGCAGCUGGUAUACAGGGUUCAUCCUCUGCCUCCAAGCAUGGCAUCAUUGGUGUGGGAUUUUGGUCAACUAAGUGAUUCCACUGAGCUUUCCUACAUCAAACAGAUUGUUCAGAAGAAUGUUGCUGACCAUCGUUUGCCAGCAGCUUGCAAGAGUGUCAUUUCAAAUGUGCUGGCAGCCUCCCAGAAAUACAUGAGAAGCCGGAAAAAUGAAUGCAGCUUUGUGAGUCUCAGAGAUGUGGAGAGGUCAAUGAAAGUGCUUGUUUGGUUUUACCAGCAUAGCGAGGUUCUGUUGAACGACUGCACUCACCUUAGCGAAAAUUAUAAAACUCUCAAGUGCUUGAUUCUUGCUGUUGGAGUCUGCUACUACCCAUCUCUGGUGGAAAAGGAGGAGUACCUGGCUGAAAUUUGUAGGCACUUUCCUGACCCUCUUCGCUCCUCAGCUGCAUUGCAGCAAGAGAUUUCAUCCUGUCAAGACUUCUUCCUUCAGAACAUACGAACAAGGGAGACAAUAGCCAAAAACAUUGCACUCAAAGAGAAUGUCUUCCUCAUGGUGGUUUGCAUAGAGCUCAGGAUCCCACUGUUUCUGGUCGGGAAGCCAGGCAGCUCUAAGUCACUUGCUAAAACAGUGGUUGCGGAUGCCAUGCAGGGCCAGAACUCCCACUGUGAACUAUUUAGGAGCCUCAAGCAAGUUCACAUGGUUUCCUUCCAGUGCAGCCCCCACUCCAGUCCAGAGGGUAUCAUCGGGACUUUCAGGAACUGUGCCCGAUUCCAGAAGGACAAAAACAUGGCUGAGUAUGUGUCAGUGGUGGUGCUUGAUGAGAUCGGACUGGCAGAAGAUUCUCCUCAGAUGCCACUGAAGACCCUUCACCCUCUCUUGGAAGAUGGUUGCAUUGACAAUGACAGGCCAGAUCCACAUAUGAAGGUUGGCUUUGUUGGCAUCUCUAACUGGGCUCUCGACCCAGCAAAGAUGAACAGAGGAAUAUUUGUGUCCAGAUGGGAUCCAAGCGAGGACGAACUCGUGGAGACUGCCAAGGGAAUUUGUUCAUCUUCCAGCCAAAUCCUCCUGAAAAUCAAACACCUCUUCCCAUCUUUGGCAGAGGCCUUCUUGAAAAUCUGUAACGAGACCUCAAAGAACCAGUUCUUUGGUCUGAGGGAUUAUUACAGCCUUGUCAAAAUGCUAUUUGCUGCAGUGAAAUCCACACAACAAGAGCCAGAUGGUGAACAGCUGGUCGAGGCCAUCUUACGUAACUUCAGUGGACAGCCAGAGGGUUUUGACCCUGUCACAUUUUUCCAAGAGGUUCUCCAAGACCUUACUGAAGUUCCUAGACCAAGCACCUUACAAAUGGUGAAAAAGAACCUUGAUCACGGCACAGACGAGGAGAGCCGUUACCUGCUUUUACUGACCACUAACAACGCAGCUCUCCACAUCCUUCAGCAACAGGUUUUUGCCAAAGGAGACUAUCCACCGCCUGAGAUCAUCUUUGGCUCUGGAUUCCCAAAGGACCAGGAGUACGCCCAAAUCUGCCGCAAUGUCAACCGCGUGAAAACAUGCAUGGAGACUGGACGCACUGUCAUCCUCCUUAACAUGCAAAAUCUUUACGAAAGCUUGUACGAUGCCUUGAACCAGUACUAUGUUUACCUCAGUCAGCAGCAGUAUGUGGAUCUUGGUCUUGGUUCCCACAGAGUCAAAUGUCGUGUUCAUACAAACUUCAGACUGGUGGUAGUGGAGGACCAGAAGAAGGUCUAUGAGCACUUCCCAGUUCCCCUCAUCAACAGACUGGAAAAACAUAGAGUGGACAGGAGCACUGAUCUGGAAACAUGGCAACACAGGGUUCUUCACAAACUGAAGGAGUGGGUGAAGGAAUUCUUAGGCGAGUCCAUGAAGGAUUUCAAGCUGUCUGACAUUUUUGUUGGCUUCCAUGGCGAUGCCUGUGCCAGUGCUCUGUUGCAGGCGCUAAAAAGGAGAGCACAAAAAGCUGGAGACAGUCAAGAAAGACAGCAACAACAAGAUGAACCAAACAAAACACUUGAGGCCGACAGACAGAAAGAGGUGAUCGAGAUGGCGGAUGGCCUGCUAAGUGAUAUGAUGGACAUAGAGAUUGCUGAAGAUGACCAAGAAAUGGAAGCAGUGGAAAAAAAUGAGGAUGAAACCGUUGAGGAACGUGAUGUCGAUAAAGUGAUGUCAGAAACCGAACAAAUGAUGGAGACAGAAAGCGAUGUUGGGUCUGUAAGAGAAAACGAGGAAGAAGAGGUCUUGGAUUUAGCCAAACGCCUCUUGUUGAACUGUGCCACCCCUGACGCUGUAAUGAGACUCAAAUACUCAGAUUUAGCAAAUCAGGAGAAGGAAAACCUCCAGAGAUUGUACUUCCAGCAACAGCAUCACCACUCUCUCCGAGAUUUUCUGGAAGAUGGUCUGAAGAAGCACCAGGAGUCUAGCAGGUUCCUGGAGAUCACGACUUUCUCCAGCUUGUUGACCAGAUCAGAUGUGAAAGUUGUAGCCCACGCACUGGGCCUACAUACUGACAGAAUCCUCCUGCUAUCGCUGCACCAGUUUGACACUGAAGUCACCUUCUGCAACAAAAUACGGGGCUUCCUUCAGGAUGCCGGUCCCUCUCUUCACAUCAUGUUAAUCCAGAUGGACCUCGAGGAAUCCCAGUGCAAUGACGAACUCAUAGCAUCAGCAAAAUAUUGCACCAUGAAUUACUUGAUGUCACUGGAGGAUCAGACCUGUUGGGUUAUUUUCAUUGUGAAGGUUUCCAGGAUCCCAAGUCAGUCCCAGUACAUCGGUUUCCAAGGAGGAAUCUGGCACUCGGUGCAUGUCGAUGACUUGAGGGAUUCAGAAGACAUGAGUCUGAACCUGUUGGUUUUCUGUGGAACUCUAAUCAGCAGCCUGCUCAACCCUGCACUGUCAGAAAACCAUGAAGACAGUGAAACAGUGGCGAGAAGAAAAGACUCCGAAGAAGACAGAACGACGGACAGGGCCCACCUCAGCAGCUUGUCUCUGGUGAGGUCCUGCAUCCAAAAAGCUGUGGGUUUGCUGAGGGACCCAGAUGACGUGACACCGAGGAGCAUGCAGCGGAUGCAAAUCCUUCUGACUCUCCUGGGAACUGGUCCAAAGCACACAGCAGCUCACUUUCAGAGGGUGCUGUUGAGUAGACUGGCCGAGGCUUUGGCACAGAGAGAGGAGUGGAUGGGUGCUCCUAAAGAAUGGGUGAACAUAGAAGCCAAGAAGCGCCAGGCUCUGCAGGAGGGGGGCACUCUGAGACACACCCUGUGGCGCUGUCUUCAGUCCACCGUGACGCCCAUCUUGGCCACCAUGUUGGAGGUCAUGGACCGUUACGGGAAUCUGGACCUGCUCUCUGAUGACCGGCUCAGUCAGGGCCUCAUACAGCUGUGGUUGGACAUCCUGGAAGAUUCGCAGAUUUUACCCCUAACACCUGUCCAAAACCCAAGUGAGUCGGACCAGGAGGUUCUUGUGCAGCACCACUUCGUGUUGGAUGGUGAAGAACAGUCCUGCUCUGCUCCGUUCAGCUGGCUCGUCAGAAUCCACCUGGAGAGUCUGUGGGAUGAGUCUGAAUUCAUGCCAGUCACAAAAGCAGGCGGCACGGAGAGGGUUCUGCAGUUUGUGAGCACCUUCAACAACAGCAGGAUGGGCGGUCACUUUCAGAAACUCUCCGAGGGGCAGCGAUCGGAGUACGGACGCUUCUAUCUGCAAGACUUUCUGCUGCUUUCUCUGAAGAUCAAGUCAAAGGACGAGCUAAAGGUAUUCACCAGGGCCUUGCUGGGCUGCGUAUCUGAGCUUCAGACGUCUAUGGGCAUCACGACGGACCUCUCUCCUGCUUGGAUAACGGCAGCUGCGAAACAUUUCGCAGCCAGACUGGACACCCUCGGACACAUAUUUCUUCUGCAGCCACAGCUAAGCGCCGCCGUCUGUCAGCGAGGGUCAAGGAAGGAAACUCCAGACAUGGUGGAGGACAUUUUAGCUCUUGGCAUCUGUGUUGAACAGACAAAACUUCUGACUGUAACAUCUCUGCAUGAGUGUGAGUCCUUUGUGAGAAGAGUAGAGUUACUGCAGCCAUGCGUAGACAGAGCCUUUGCUCAGAAAUACAGCGCCCUCUGCAGCCCGGGCUGUCUGCAACAUCUGGACUCCAUCAGAUCCCUUUGGCACGGGAUGCUGGUUGUUGCAUCUUUCAUCCAACAUGUGGUUUUUAAAGUCAGACAGGACGACUUGAGACUGAAAGAACUUUCUCUCAAACACUGCAACCUUCACCUGAACCUGAUGCAGGAGUCUCCUGAUGUCAGAAGUGUGGACACGCUGCAGCAGCUGAUCCGAAUCCUCAACUCCUUCCACGAAGAGUGUAUCAGCAGAGAUCUGAGGUUCGGUAUUUCUUGCCCGGUUUGCUUGUCGGAGCCCCGCGAACCGUCCGUCCUGCCCUGCCAGCACAUCUUCUGCCUGCCGUGUCUCCAGCGCUGCAUUCAGCAUCAGAGGCGUUCAUGCCCCACGUGCAGACUUGACCUUCCGCCAGACUUCAAUCCGACUGUUUCUCAAACCGUCAAGGCGUCACUGCAGCAGCAGGCCGCCGUGCGACGCUGCUGUAACUCCUUCUUCCUGGAGGUGGUGUCCAGGUUCUGCCUGUCGGAGGGACAGACGCCCGGAGAGGGAGUGGUGGAGCUGCUCUUCUCUUUGCUCGUCUUUGCUAACGGAGACGUGUACAGGACCAGAGAGCUCACUCCCUUCCUGGAGUGUGUCGAUAACAGUCCGGUGGUUCGAUCCGUGCUGCCCAAGCUGCUGCUGCAGUACAGUUUUGACCAGGCGAAGGCUCACAUUCAGACGUACCUGAAGAAUCUGCAGGAGAACCUUCUUGACAAAGAAGACCGCACUGAGCUCUACCUGCUGUUUGUCAACUGCUUCCAGGACUCUCUGCUGUGCUCUAAAGCGAGAGAAGAGAAGCAGAGUGGCGAGGAGCAAACAGACACCAGAUUCCUGAGCAGAAUCGCCAGAAAACAGACUCCAGACAGACAAGAAGAUCCGGCAGAGUUCCUGCUCAACACGGCCAGACUGAGAAUAUGUCUGAGCGCUGCUGCCAGCCUGCUGGAGGAGGCAGUCCAAGGUGCAGCAGUGGAGGCCGAUCAGUUCCUGCAGCAGGUGAAAGCUGUGUGCGAGUACAGUGGAAACGACUGGUUCAGGGUUUACCUCCUGCGAGCGCUUAACAGGUGCUCAGGUAUCGACUGCAUACUGGCCCUGAUGAACAGCCCCGCCUGCAGGUGGAUCUUCCCUCCACAUCUGCUGCAACUUCAGAGGAGGAUUCCAACCAUCGUGGAUCAGUUCCUUUGCUACGGGCCAACUUACCGGGCCGUGAGAGACGCCGUGGCUCAGGUUCUGCUGGAGAACAGAUCUGACAGCUUUGUGCAAAAGCUGGGAGGUUCUCAGAUCAACCUCGUGGCCUUGGCUCUGUUCCGACACGUCACCUGCCGCUACAAGUCACCUGACGUCAACCUGCAUCUGUCCGCGCAGGAGACGUCGAGGCUGGAAGGGCUCCUCGGAAACGUCCAGCCGAGGGAGUUCAGGGAGUUUUGCUCUUGCCUUCUGAAGAAUCGGCUCGGUGGACGGGACUUGCUCCUCCAAAUCGACCCGAAUCUGUCGGCUCAGAGACAAACCCUCCUGGAGCUGCUGGUCCACCUGGACUCGGUGCUGCUCGGUGGAAACCCUCUGCUGGCUCCUCUCCGUCAGAUCGCCUUCCAGACGCAGAAUGUCGUAAACUCCUUCCUGCCGACGAUGCCCGAUGAUCACUCAGCUGAAGCCAGACAGUGGCUGAAAGAUCGGAGACUUGUACAGUACACCUGUGCAAAUGGACAUGUGUGCUUUGUGGGAGAGUGUGGAAGACCAGUGGUUACGUCCACAUGUCCAGAUUGCGGACUUCCUGUUGGUGGAUUAGGACACGUCCCGGUGGUUGGGUUUACUCAGCAGUCAGCACAGAGAGAUCAGACUCGGACCGGACACGUCCUCGGAGAAGCUCACCGGAGGUCCGAAGCUCCUGAGAGACAGAUGACGUCCGCUCAGUCCUGCAUCCUGCGGCUGUUAACUCACCUGGCAAUGCUUCAGGGCGCCACGAGAAAUCAGAGGAGUGUUGGAGACAUGAUCCAGCCCAGACCACACAAUGUCAUCACCUUCCUCUGGAGUCACCUUGAAAAGGACUUGAAGGUGUUGGGACAGACUCUGGAUAAGAACAUGGACAACACGGCGGUUACGGUUCAUCUGAUUCUGACAAGAUUCACCACAGGUUCCCGCGGUGGAAGAGCUGAUCUGUCCUCCAGACAAGGACGGCAGGACUGGGAGAAGCUCGUCUGUGACUCUGCCAUCAACCCAGUCCUUCAGGAUCUGCAGAGGAAUCUGGCUGAAGCUCAGGACAGAAUCGCUGCCGACGAUGGACUCGCCGGGAGUCCCCUGAUGAACCUCCUGUUCGGGGAUCCUGGAAACAUGCUGUCGCUUCCCUCCAACUGUCCGACGCAUCAGUCCUCCUUCUGGACGCUACCGGAGACGAUGACGGUGGAGCGAUUCUCUCAGCUGGUGGGAGAAAAGCAGGGAGGCAGAACUUUACCGCUGCUCAGCUUGUUCAUUAAAAAGAUCCACUGUGUGCGACAGUUGCGCCACCUGCCUGAGCUGGCUGCUCUCCAGUCAGACCUGCUCAGAGCGUUUCCUCUGGCGGCAGAGUCGACGCAGCAGACGAUCGCGCAGAUGUUGCAGCGGAUACCAGCAGGAUACCAGAAGAAGAUGCUGGCUGAGAGAGUGGACGGAUUCAUCAACGUGUGGAACUGCCUGAGGACAGAGGUGGCAAACAACUCAGCAGAUUUGGGCAUCGAUGUGAACUUGUGUGAGCAGGAGGUGACGUCCGAGAGCUCCGGAGAGUUUCUGACACCGAGCCGACGUGGACCGGGAUCGUGUCUCCGGACUCUGGUCGACUUUCUGGCGGAGACUCACAACAGUCUGGUGAGAGAGGCGAGGAAGGCGAGUGGCCAGGAGGACAGUAAGUACAGCGUUCCUUUAGAGAGGAUUUCAGAAACCCAGCUGACUCUGUGCCACCCGGAGAGGGAGCUUCUGCCGCUGGUUUUAGCCCACUGCCACUACACCUUGAAGAAAGGCGGCGAAACCGACAGCAGCUACGACCUGCAGGGCAUCCAAACCCAGCUGAGCCGCCGCUUCAUGGCCGGAAAACCUCUUAUCCAGGCGGACACGUCAAAGUACCUGAACAGACACCUGCAGGAUUUCUCUGUGGUUCUAGCCGAAGUCAGAGAAAAGAUCCACCAGGAGCCGCUGAAGGGUUCGGUGGGCGGCGCCACGAGAACCGUGCUGCGAUCCUUCACGGACGUUUGUGACGCCGUGUACGUGGUGGAAAUCGGCCUUCGCUUCCUCGGAAAGACGGGCGGAGAUCCCCGGAGUCAGCUGCUGUCGUAUCUGACUGAUUCGCUGCAGAUGGGCUCGCAGAUCUCAAGCACUGUAGCAAAGGGUCUUGGAGAGAGCAAGCUUGAACACAGCAUAUUCACCUGGCAGCUCCUGACUUGUUGGAAAUCUGAACUUAUGCUAAACAAGAAGCAGGAUCCAUUUCAGAGACUGCCCUCUAAGUUCCAGCAGAAGCUGUCGGAGGAGGAGAGGAAAGCCCUGAAGGCGUUCCUUGCUGUCACGGAUGUCGACACUUUCUGUUUGGAGCUGCACGAAAUUCUGCUGCUGAAGACGAGCAACGCCGUGCCGGACCAGGCCUACCAACCACACUGGGACAUCAGGUCCACCUUAGAGAUCCAUUUGGAGCAGAAAGACCUUCCUCCACUGCUGGGGCUGGAGGAUUUACCCGAGGAGAUAACUCUGGGGCAAGGCGCUGACGUGUGGAGGGCAGCUGUGGAGUUUAAAAGAAGAUAGAGUGUUUGGACGGAGAGCUGAAGUAUUUCUGGAACAUCUGGAUUAAGACCGACUGUCAGUAAUGACAUAAUUAAGUCCAUAUGAUAUCAUAGAUUCUGUUCAAAUGUGCCUUUCCGCCAGUGGUGCCGAUAGGCUCUGAAUGUUUUAUAAAUAGCCCUGGAUCAAAAAUGUUUUUUGUUUUUUGUACAUAAGUAAGAAUAAUUUAAAAGAAAUAGCUGUGGAUCUAUUUAUGUCAUUCCAAUCAUGUUUUAAUACCCUUGAAAAUAAUAAUACAUAGCUGAUUAAAAACAUGAGGGUACUAUUAAAAGUCUUAACUGUUUGCUUAAAUAUUUGUCUCUCAUAUUAAGUGUUUUCCUGUUAAGAUUUUGUUCAAUCAAUAAAACUAUGACGGCAGGGAGCUGAGAAGCAAUGAAAGCGUAUUUUAUUGUUUUUUUUAAAGUUGCUGCAGUUAGAUAAGCUGUCAUUCGGUUAAAUAUGAACAGAAUUUUCACUGUUUUUCGUCUGCUCUGAUUAUUGUUAGUUAUUUAUUUUUGAUUUAUUGCAUUGUGGGACUUUAUCAUGAACUUUUUCUCCUAACCAGCACCUGCAUCUCUAAUUCUAGACUAUUCAAAGGCUCUGUCACCUGAGUAUUUCAAGGCACACCUUUAUAUGUAAUUGUAGCUGAAAAUCAUCAUAAAUAAGACAUAUCCCAAGGCACACAGCUCUAGCUUUAGCUGUCCUCCUCUCACUGUAUUAUGUAAUAUUGGCUAAGCAUAGGAACAAAGUAGGAUGACUUUGCUUUGUCAAGAGCAGAGUGUUUCCCAGUUUAUAUUAAUUUUACUGUGAAAUAAGGGGAAAAUGGUACAAUUAUCAUGUUAAAAUGUAAAGAUUAUUGGGCUGGGUUGAGCCUCCAGUAUUUUAAGAUCCUUCAGACUCUGAGCUGAGUUAUCUCUGGAACAUCUGGAUUAAGAUUAACUGUUAAGAAAUAAUUCAUUCCAUAUGAGAGGACAUAUUCUGGCUGAAUGUGAUGUAACUUUUUAAAUGGUUAAAUCUUCCUGAUGUCUGAUGCUAUGUCCAAUCUGUUGAUAAGGCGUCAGGGAACAAUUAAUAAAUGAAUAAACUGGA